AUUAUGUUCAGCCUCACUGUUGUUAACAUAAAGAAAGUAAAAACAGAACUGAAUAGUUUUAAGCAACAGGAGGAGUCGACGACGACCUGCCUUAAUUUUGACACCCAGACGUUUCUUCAGUUUAUGCGGAUCUCUGUCAUGAUGGGCUUGAUUUGGAUCCUGCUAAUAAUUUUUGACAUUGUCUAUUACUACGGGUUUUCGUCUCCAGUAAUGAUUGUUGUUGGAUAUGUACACAAUUUGAAUGGUGUUAUUGUGUUUGUUGUGCUUGUCCUUAAGCGCAACACGCUGAACAUGCUGAUGGAUAGCAAAGACAAAGAGAUCGGCUGACCCGUGCUCAGAGGAAAAUCCCAGUUUAAAUAUAGCUUUGCUUUCAAUGCGACAAAUGAUAGCGCUACACCAAAAUUCGUAAAAUACAGAGCUAAACAUUUAGAAAAAAGUUGUGUAAUUCUUUUUUUAUGUGCCCUUUGUGUAUUAUAUUCCCUAUUUUCGAUCAGGACUGUAGUUCGUGGUGAGAUAGUUCUCGCAAAAAGAGCUACUUAACAAAA